GCUGUGACGAUGUCGGAGGAGUUUCUGACGAGAAGCCGGAUGUGUUCCGCCAUGUGUAGGCCUCGUUACCGGGCAUGUCAUUCUCUCGGCUGUGCGGCAGGUUGCGGCUUGUGAUACAGCGGCCCCCAGCCCGGGUCUGUCCCGUCAUGAGCCUGUUAUUUCACAGCGAUAGUCAAGGUAACAGUUUGAAAGACAAAGCUAAAAGCACGAUCUGUGUGGAGGGCAACAUAGCGAGCGGAAAGACGAGCUGCCUGGAAUAUUUCUCCAAUACUGCCAACCUCGAGGUUUUGACAGAGCCGGUGGCAAAAUGGAGAAAUGUCCAAGGACACAACCCACUGGGCCUAAUGUACACCGAUCCAACAAGAUGGGGGUUAACGCUGCAGACCUACGUUCAGCUGACCAUGUUGGAUGUCCACACCAGGCCAUCGCUCGCCCCGGUUAAAAUGAUGGAGAGGUCCAUCCAUAGUGCAAAGUACAUAUUUGUGGAAAAUCUGUAUAGAAGUGGAAAGAUGCCUGAAGUGGAUUACGUGGUGUUAAGCGAGUGGUUUAAUUGGAUCACAAAGAAUAUCGACCUUUCUGUUGACCUGAUAGUUUAUCUGCGCACAUCUCCUGAAACCUGUUACCAGAGACUAAAGAUGAGGUGUAGAGAGGAAGAGCGGGUGAUACCACUGGACUACCUGCACGCCAUACAUGAGCUCUAUGAAGAGUGGCUCGUUAAGCAGAGCUCGUUUCCAGUGCCGGCACCGGUUCUUGUGAUAGAUGCAGAUAAGAACAUGGAGGAGAUGAUUCAGCAUUAUGAAGAGCAUCGCGGGAAGAUCCUUGCAGCUUAACGCAAGAACGUCGUGCCUGGUGGAGCUGGUUUACCGUUACAGUGCGUUUCUAGCUGAUUUAGGACACUAGCAGCCAUUUUGGAUAAAAAAAUAUAUAUUAUAUAUUAAAAGGAGUUGUCCAGGCCUUACUAAGUGAUAGGCCAUCACUUGCUAAUCAGCCAGGGUCCGAUACCCCGCACCCCCGCCAAUAAGCUGUUGCGUAGUUCCGGAAGCAACUUCCAGCGACGGAGCUACACUCAAACAGCUGAUCGCCGGGGUGUGGGGUGUUGGACGUCACCAACCUAAGGCCCAAAGGCUGGACAACCCCUUCAAAAAGAACGAUACGUGCCAGUUCAUGAUCCAACAACACCGCCAGCUGGAUGCACGAAUAAAGAUGCUGCUCCUCACGAUGUAGGCAACAGAUACGAUCUAAACCGAACCCCUCAAUUGGGCCGUUAUUGGGGGACCAAGUAUUUUCUCUCAAAGGUGCUCUUUCUCUGGACCAAUCGUUGCUUUAGCGUCUUAUGAUCCUAAUAGAGGAUACAGUGUAAUAACCAUAUUGUUAUUUAUCUACUUAUCUGACUUCUCGGUUUUAUUUAUUCCUUUUUUUUUUUUUACUUUAUUUUAAAUCCAUCACUUUCCAUUGAGAUUGUUUGUACACGUUGUACAGUGUUGAUGCAUUAAAAAAGUUCAAUUCCUAUGUAAUAAAUUGCAGCGGUAUGUU